GCAGAGAGAGAGAGGGUGGAGGGUGGAGGGUGGAGGAGGAAGGAGACUCUCUCUCUCGCGUCGCUGGUGAAGGUGUCGGCGGCACAGAUGGGCGCGUCUCUCCACAGCUGAGCCGGACACCGAUCCGGCAGCCAGUCACCCGAUGCUGGAUAAGCCACAUCUUGCGGAUGACACUUUGCCAUAACUGGCACCAUGCUCCCCCGUAACAUGCGAACAGGUGGUUAUGACCUGCCGGGGGUGGAGUCAAGCGAAGUGCCUCUCAUUGGCUACCGGCCCUUACAGCCUGACACCCCGAGCAACCAAUCGAGGAGGGGGAGCGCCGGCGAUGAAUUGGAAACUUCACAGGCAGAGCCCUCUCCAAUGAAGACCACCUGGUACUGUCCUCUAGAUCUGUCCACUGUGGUGGAGGAAGAGGACGAUGGAGUGAUCUACACAGUGGUGGUCAAACAGCAGCAUGGUGCCCCUCAUAGUCUGACAUCGUCGGUUUCUCGCUCGCAGUGCGUGAAAGCGGGGACGGAAGAGAAGCUGGUGCUCCACCUCCUGCAUUCCUUUUCUAUGGGAGACUCCUCCUUCAUCACCAUCUUCCUCUCCACCUAUCGAUCCUUCACCUCCACGGGGAGAGUGCUGGACAUCCUCACUGACAGAUUGGAGAAUCCGCCUGGGGAAAGCGAGAGGAGCCAUAUGAGACAAUCUUUCAACAAAGCGGUGUGUACGGUGUUCAGCAUAUGGCUCUCUGAGUAUCCCGAAGACUUUAAGAGUUUGGAGGAGCCCUCACGCCUGCUGCGCCUGGUUCCCAUGCUCCCCCAGGACUCCUCGUCCGCAGUCGACCUCCGCGCCCACUUCCUCAGGAUAGCCGAGCAGCUCAGCGAGAAGGCCCUGCUCCCCGACGCCCUUAAAGAUAAGACCGGUUUAACCGGCCCUCCUCCGGACGCCUCCAAGUUUGAACCCACCAGCGUCCUUGGAUUCCCUGCAGCGAUCAUCGCUGAGCAGCUCACCAAAAUAGAGACAGAGCUGUUUGUCCGUCUGGUCCCGUACCACUGCCUCGGCUCACUCUGGUCUCAGAGGGACAAGAAAGGGAGGGAAGGUGUUUGUUGGUCAGUCCGGGCCACCGUACGUCAGUUCAACAAGCUGGCCAAUGCAGUUCUAGCCUCCUGCCUUUGGCCCACCAAUCUGCGCAGCCAGCAGAGAGCCCGACUGCUGGAGAAAUGGAUCAGCGUGGCAGAGGAGUGCCGUGCCAGGAAGAACUUCUCCUCGCUGUAUGCCAUCGUGUCUGCCCUGCAGAGUAAUCCCAUCCACCGGCUGAGGAAGACGUGGCAGGACACUGACAGGGAGGCAGUUAAGAGAUACGAGGAUCUGUCAGAAAUAUUCUCAGACAAGGACAACUACUCACAAAGCAGAGAACUCCUUAAGGAGGAGGGGACAUCAAAGUUCGCCAACCUUGACAACAGGCUCAACAACAAACAUCUUAAUAGGUCCAACGCGCAGGGCACUGUGCCCUACCUGGGCCUCUUCCUCACAGACCUCACCAUGCUGGACACGGCGGUCAAAGACAGGCUGGAUAACGGCUACAUCAACUUUGACAAAAGGAGAAGGGAAUUUGAGGUUUUAGCUCAAAUCCGGCUCCUGCAGUCAUCCUGCAAAAACUGUGUUUUCACCGCCGACGAGGCCUUCAUACAGUGGUAUCAGAGUGUACCGACGCUAACAGAGGAGAAGAGUUACAGACUGUCCAAUGAAAUCGAAGCACCUGGUGAACCGAGCCCCCGAGGCAGUACUCCAACAGUCAUCAUCACACAGUGCGCGGACCUGAGUAGCUCUCGGACCAGCCUGACUGGCGACAGUGACAGCCUCUUUGACUUCCCCUCACCUGUCAACAAUCUGCUCUCAAAACUCACAAAGCACAUGAAGUCUCCGUCUGUGUCCUGUCUGGAUGUCGACACGUCUUCUUCGACCAAUGAAUCCACCCCUGCCACGCUGACUCCAUCCACUCCCACAAAAUCACACCGCCGAUCAGUCUCCUGCGGCAACAACCCCCCCAAUAACGUCCAAGGGUCGGGGCCCGACAUGCGGAUCAUCAGGAUACGGAUGGACCUGCAUGACGGAAACCUGUACCGAAGCAUACUGGUCACGAGCAAUGACAAGACCCCCACUGUGAUCAGCUCUGCCUUAGAAAAGCACAAUCAGGACCCCAAACAGACGUCCAGAUAUGAGCUGAUCCAACUUCUGCCUGAAGGAAAAGAACUGGUCAUCCCUGCUACAGGAAACGUCUUCUACGCCAUGUCGUCGUCGAGUGUUGACUUCCUGUGUAGGAGGAAAGGCGGAAACACUCCUCUGGGCUCAAUGCCGAUCCACACGGAGACGAGCGCCACUUUUCCUCGAAUAAAGGCCAAGGGGAGGAGACUGGUCAGGACACUGUUUUGACGUCCAGUUUUCAACCCAACCUUUCCCUCAGUGACUGAUUAUUCUUUUUCUCUCCUCAGUGAUUGUGGCCUUCCACUCAUGCCUUUUUUCCCCUGUGCGCCUACAAAGCUUGUUCUACCAAAACACCCAAGACCAGGACCAAGUCUUUAUCGACAACUCUCGAGCAGGUUUUGUCAAACAUUUCAUACCUCCAGUCUGCUGCUGAGGAACAGUGUCAGUUUUUCCUCUUUUCCAAAACAGUAUGCAUUACUUAUUCACACCCAAUAAGAGCAAUGGAAGCCUUUAACUUGGUGCUGGCUCUCGAGUCCCAGUCAGGUAGCACUUGAUUUAUUUUCUUUCAUUCCUACUCAAUGAAUAAGAGCUUUUUUAAUUGCUUAAAGCUCCAGGAAGUCCACUGCUGUUGUGUGCCUCAGUCGUGAGUGACAUUUUUAAAUGUUAAAAAAUGCAUUUAAUUGGUCAGAAAGCCUGUGAUCACCUGAGAUGCCGUUGAAGGAUAAAGGAAAGUGUGUUUUUAUGGCGAAGAAGCAUAAUGAAAUCUUAAUAUACAGAGCCUGUCCUGGUUCUGAUAAACAGCACACGUGAGGAAGAGCCCAAAGACGCAAGUGCAUCACCGUAGCAAAACACUGGAGCUAGUCAAAUGAGACAUAUAUAUAUAUGUUUUGUAUAUAUUUAUAUAUUUUGUACGUCUGUAUGAUGUCGACAUUGUGUUUACACUGAGCUCUGGGUCCACGUGUGCAUCAAAUACCUGCAAGAUUUUCACUUUAAAGAGGCCAGCAUGUUUCUACAGACAGCUAGAGUAAUUAUUUCAGCUUUGACUCAUGCAGAUACUCAUUUCAAACAUAAACCUAAAGCUGCAUUAAUCAAUCUUUUUCUGUAAUAACAAUUUAGAUCACGGAAAGGUGCUGCUUGUUUCAACUAACCUAAAAAGAAAGAUCAUCCUUGCAGCUCUAAAGAUCAUUUUUUAGCCUUUAAUAGCCCUGGAAACUUACUUCAUGUUUUUUUCUCAUAGCUGUUAUCAACCCUGUUUCCAGGAGCAGCUGUUUGUUUGUUUUUUUGCUCAGAUAAACCCAGUGUGUGUGUGUGUGCUAGAUAACUUUAACGCAACCAGCAGAAAACACAAAGUAAAGAUAGUCGAACAUCUAUCUGCUAAAGAGGACAUUUUUUUCUUAAAAGUCUCCUAAAAGACCAAACUAGCCCUAAAAGGAGAAUGAUAAGCACUUAAUUUAUCAGAUGCACAGAAAUACAACACAGGAAUACUUCCUCUUUAGCUAGAUGUAUAUGUCUGCAGCUGUUCCCUAACAGUUAGCUGUAGUUACUUUAUAAGCUGUCAUUCAACUCGUUUUGGAGUUCCUCUGACCCCUAGUGGCCAACAAUUGAUUAUUGCAGCUUUAAACUAAACACCAUGCAGCACUUUCAAAGCUUGUGGCUUUGCUUCAGAAUAUCCCCACAGUAGCUAGAAGAUGAGGAAAAGAUUAAGGAAAAAUUAAAACAAUACACCACAAAUGAUAAGUUUAAGGUUUUCCAGGUCAGAAUGUAUCAACAGAGAAUGAGCUAAACUUCAAUCAUGCAGAUUACACAGCUCAGCAGGAUACAACUACAUCUGUUUACAUACUUCCAAUAUCAUGUUAGGUAUUAACAUGUCACAGUGAAGUGAACAGUGAAACACACCUCUUUUUAAAAAGAUCUGGACAAAGUCCUGUGACUUCUGGUUGUUUCUGCUCAGUGCUUGUGAGGCCUCCUUGCAGGCUGAGGCACGAGCAUAAAGCCGGACCAGGGAGAGGAUUCUGGGUAAUAAUAGAUGACGUGUGCUAGCGUUAUGCUAUGCUACUGAUCGUUUUAGUGCCUUUCUCGAAACAGGAUGCACAUCUUCCCUCGUGUUUGCAUUAGAAUGUAUUCAGUAUACAUGGAGAAAACGCAGUCCAGUGCUGCGUGGUCUCACAUCAAAGCUAUUUAUGCACUACAUACAGGAUGUCCUAUUUUUGUGGUAAUAAAUUUACUUUUAUAUGAAGUUCAUUCCUUUUGACUGAUGUGCUGUAACAUAUUCCACCUUCAAUACAGACAGAUAUUUUCCAUGUGGUUGAGUAUCCCAUAAAUAUAAUUAAUGAUGUAUGUACAUGUCACAUACACACAUUUCUAUUUUUCUCAUCAAUGAGGUAAACGAAGCAAGAUGAAUAUACAUCAGCGACGAGAAAUAUGCCUCUGUUUGAGUCUUUUUAUUCAGAUUCAAGAUAGCCAGCAUCUUUGUCUACCAACUUAACAAACAUAACAAACAAAA